AUGGAUUAUUUACAGCCUGGAUUUGACCCGUCUUCAGUCACGGUGGCGAAGCUCAGGAACAUAUUAAAUUCACACAAUGUUUUGUAUCCAAGCAGCGCCAAAAAGUCAGAGUUGGUGGAAAUUUUUCAAGAUGAGAUUGCGCCAAAAGCGUCUACAUUACUUGCUGAAUACAACGCAAGAAUUGGCAACUCUCAUGAUCACGGAUUUCUCAAUGCUACUGACAAUGACGAGGAAGCAGAUGAAAGGGAAGACAAAUUGACACCCAGGGGAGAUAAAAAGACAAAAAAGAGUAGCACUGCUGAACCUACUCCCGAGAAGUCCAAAAUCAACACUGAUCAUGCCAAAGUCGUAAAACCCAAGGUCAAGAAGGAAUCCAAAAACAAAGAUGACAAAGUUUCAACAAGGAGGAAUAAGAAACGAGUUGAAAAAGAGGAGCAGAGGGAAAAAGAGAGUGAAAUAAAGACAGAAGAACACACUGAACAUGAAACUUCUAAAGCAGAGGACGAAUCAGAGAUUGAUGAUUCCGAAUCCGAUGCCACGGAAAAUCUCAGCUCUUUUAGCGAUCAAAAUGUCUUUCAAUCAAGGAAAGAGUCUUCCAAACCAUCAAGAAAGAGAAAGUUGAACAAUAAAGAUGACGAAGAAUCUGCAAAGAGAUUGAAAUCACCAACUGCCACAAGCAACAAAUCGCGCAUUACCAAAUCUCCAAGCAAGUCAAUCUUUGAUGACAGUGACUCUGAUAUUCUCAACUAUUCGUCAUUGGACAAGAAGGAGCAUGACAAAAGUUUUUCUCAAGAGAAGCAAGCAAAAGAUCUUACCACACAAUCUCCCCGGACACCUUCAACAAAGCCUAAUAAGGCGUUGCCUGUAUCCACCACCCAACAAAAGUCAUUCAAUUCAUUGCAAGAGGAAAUGGAUAAUUUUGAUAAGCAGUUGAACAUAGUUAAACAGAGACACAGUUCCAACACUCCUAUAAAGACUGAGAAAGAUGCGAAGUCAAAGUCACGACGCACUACCCAAUCACCCACAGUCGACAAUGAUUUGGCAAAACUGUUGGGAAUCACAAUACAAGGGUUUCAACCACCGGUUGUUCCUGCGCAGUUGCAACAGGUCAAUCAGAAUGUUAAUCUGGGUGAUGAUGCUGCGUCAGUUGGAAAUAGUCAAGGAUUGUACAAUUUGCAGAGCGAACAACGUAAUGGCAGUGCGCAAGAAUUGAGUAGCAACGUGAGAUCUACAAGCAGAGACUUUACUCCAACAAGAGCAAUUAUGGUUGAUGAUCAAGGAGAAGGGAAAUCUACAAAAACACCCACUUCUACGUCAAGUAAAAAGAAGAAGAAGACUUCUCAAACUCCAAGCAAACAUACUACACCAGUCCCAAAAGCAACACCAAAAUCGAGCGAAUCAUCAAGGAGAAGUGUCACACCAAAAUCAGCCAAGAAGACACCCAGGAUAAGAACACCACUUGGGAAGCUUGCAUUGACACCUAAACCAAGAUUGUUGUCGCUCAACUCAACCCAAAAUAUUCUGGAUUCCGAUGAUGAUGAUGACGAGGAGAAGAGGGAGGUUGAGGAGGAAGAACAAAAACUGACCAUUGACAAUAGCCAGGCCGAUGUGGAGCACUCUAUUGAAUACACUGAUGGUUUAUUCCUGGUUUCUACAGCCAUCACCUUUGUUACUUGGAUUCUGGUCAUUUUGUCUGCAUUGUUUGGAUACUGGUACUAUGAACAAAAGUACUUGGUUGGCUACUGUGGACAAGAGAUUGAUCAACCCACAUUUGAAGAUUCAUCCGUUACAUUGAUUGAGAAACUUGGCAAUGUCCUUGAUACCUAUUGCAAACCCAGUUGCGUCCCUUGUCCACCACAUGCUCGAUGCUUUACCAAUUUAGAGUUGGGAUGUUUUGAAGAUUUCAUGGAGCACAAGCCAUGGUACGACUUUGUUUUACCAGGACACAAGAAAUGUGUGCCCGAUACGAAAAAAGCCGAGAAAUUGGAGAUUAUGAUCGAUGUUGCACUCGAUUUGUUGCGCAGCAGAAACGCAGCUGUUGAGUGCGGUGUAGGCUCUGAUGAUGUCAAAAGUGGAAUUUCUGUGCAAGAAUUGCAUGAUUUGUUGUUGUCGAUGAAGGCGCCAUACAUCACUACUGAGGAAUUUGAGGAACUUUGGUCGAGAUCAAUUGUUGAAUUGAAAAAAGAACCCGAUAUCACGUUAAGGCAAAUCAGACUUGCAGAUUUACCGCCAGGACAAUCCCCAUCUAACACUAACAACUCGGAAGGCAAGGUUCAGGACAAAAUCGAAAUUCUUCGAUCAACGUCCUUAUCAAACAUUAGCUUGAAAUGUCAAAUCCGCAGCAGUAUAAUGGGAAACAUUUCUCGAUACAAAUAUUGGAUACUAACAUUAGUAUUAUCAGUGAUUGCAUUCAAGGCUAUACAAUUUAAAUUUAGACGACACCAAUUGGAAAAGAUCAAGAUUGACAUUUUGUAUCAAGAAGUAUUGGACAAGUUGGCAAAUCAAGCCAGAAUUGCUAGUGAAAACUCCAGCAUUAAUCGAUACAUUGGUGCUAAUCAAUUGAGGGAUUUGAUUUUGAGUAGCGAAGACGAUUUGAGUGAGCGUGUAAGGUUGUGGAACUUUGUUGGGAAUAAAGUGGAGCACAAUACAAAUGUUGUGAGCAGGAUUACAGAGAAUCACGGUGAAAUUAUGAAAGUUUGGGAGUGGAUAAGCGAUGAGAAUAGAUGA